CCUCUUUUCGACCACUUCGCUAUCCAUCUUCACGCUCAACAGCCGCCUUACAGCCAAGAUGACCAAGCGCACCAAGAAGGUCGGUAUCACCGGCAAGUACGGUACCAGAUACGGUGCCUCUCUGCGUAAGCAGGUCAAGAAGGCCGAAGUUUCGCAGCACGCCCGUUACAUCUGCACCUUCUGCGGAAAGAACACCGUGAAGCGCAAGGCUGUUGGUAUCUGGGAGUGCAAGGGCUGCAACAAGACCGUCGCCGGUGGUGCCUACACCGUCUCGACCCCCGCCGCUGCUGCCACCCGCUCCACCAUCCGUCGUCUCCGUGAGAUCGUUGAGAUCUAAGCGUCAUGAAUGUGGUUUCCUUUCUCUUUACGGCUACGUCUUGAAUACCAAAAAUGAAAAUUUCGGAAUCAUAAAGAUUUUGCAUCCCCUUCCCCACGGAUCUCUGCGUAAUAUCUGGUUUUCCCGACCUAUCCGGUGCUGGCCAACAGCCACCUGAAUAGUCCUUGGCAGUCUUCUACUCCAUCAUUGCGAAACCGAUUGCCCG